AGAGGGGUUUGCUGUUACCAGUGCUUAGUGCUGCAACUGAAACGGGAAAGUAAAAGAUGGCACCUGUUAAGAAGGGUAUCCUUGAACGGCUCAAUGCUGGCGAGGUGGUGAUUGGCGAUGGAGGCUUUGUGUUCGCUCUGGAGAAGAGGGGAUACGUGAAGGCUGGGCCUUGGACUCCUGAGGCUACUGUCACACACCCUGAGGCCGUGCGACAGCUGCACAGGGAGUUCCUGAGAGCCGGAGCUAAUGUCAUGCAGACACUGACGUUCUAUGCCAGUGAUGACAAACUGGAGAACAGGGGUCAGACAGUGAAGUAUACUGGAGUACAAAUCAACGAGGCCGCCUGCGACCUGGCGAAGCAAGUAGCCAGCGAGGGCGACGCUCUGGUGGCCGGUGGAGUGUGUCAGACUCCCUCCUACCUGAGCUGCAAGAGCGAGGCGGAAGUGAAGGCCAUCUUCAAGAAACAGCUGGAUGUGUUUGUGAAGAAGAACGUGGACUUCCUGAUUGCUGAGUACUUUGAGCACGUCGAGGAGGCAGAAUGGGCCGUGCAGGUGCUGAAGGCCACCGGAAAACCCGUAGCUGCUUCCAUGUGCAUCGGACCAGACGGAGACUUGCACGGUGUUUCUGCUGGAGAGUGCGCCGUCAGGCUGGUGAAGGCUGGUGCCCAGAUUGUGGGAGUCAACUGCCACUUUGACCCCAUGACCUGCGUGAAGACCGUGAAGCUGAUGAAGGAGGGAGUGGAGAAGGCCGGGCUGAAGGCUCACUACAUGGUGCAGCCGCUGGCGUACCACACCCCCGAGUGCACCUGUCAGGGAUUCAUCGAGCUGCCAGAAUUCCCCUUCGCCCUGGAGCCCAGGUUGCUGACCCGCUGGGACAUGCACAAGUACGCCAGAGAGGCCUACAACGUUGGCAUUCGCUUCAUCGGUGGCUGCUGUGGCUUUGAGCCGUAUCACAUCAGGGCCUUGACAGAGGAGCUAUCUGCCGAGAGAGGCAUCCUGCCCCCUGGAGCCGACUACCACGGAAUGUGGGGUUCUGGUCUGGAGAUGCACACCAAGCCCUGGGUCAGAGCCAGGUCCCGCCGUGAGUACUGGGAGAACAUCUUGCCAUCUUCUGGUCGUCCCCUGUGCGCCUCCCUGUCCAAGCCGGAGCACUGGGGCGUGACCAAGGGCCACGCCGACCUGCUGCAGCACAAAGAGGCCACCAGCAGCCAGGAAAUGAGGCACGUGCUGGAGAUGCAGAAGAAGGCCAAGUCUUCUUCGUGAACAAGACAGAGCGAGAAGAGAAAACCAAGGCACCCCUGCAGUCAACCAGAGAGGGACGAGGGUGACAGGAGGAAGUGACGUCUUUCCCGGUUCAGUCUGGAGAUUAAAAAGCACUUGUAACAGCGAUGAUGCUCCGGUCGCGGAGUGUCACAAUGUAAACCCCCGAAACAAUAAACCUGAGUUGUCUACUACA